UACUGAGAACACCUGUAUUAAAGACUUAAUAAGGUUUUUCCUUAUACUGGCAUUGGGUGUCUCAUAUGUGUCUUCUACUGAGCCGAAAUCGCAGGUGAGCGUCAUGAAGCGUCGAUGGAUUGGGGCUGUGAUAUGUGCCAAUAUAUUGCUGUUUGGUGUACACUCAGCAUCUGUUGGAUUCCCAAACAUUCCAAAUAAAGACGAUUUAAGUGUAGUCGGAGUCAGUAUAUACAAUCCUAUCGACGAUGACAUAACAGAUGACGAUCCGACUGCGCCCAUGAAGAUGACGCAUAUGCGCGUUCGCUCCGAGAUCGCUAUGCGCUACGUUCGCACGGCCAUCAUAUGCAACGUGCACAACCCCCGUAGGAAAUCGCAAGAAGCCACCUUCAAUCUACUGCUACCUGACACCGCUUUUAUCAGUGGAUUCACUAUGACGCUCGGUAAAGAAACCUACGACGCAUACGUGAAAGAGAAAGAAGUAGCUAAACAAAUAUACGACGAUGCGGUUAAACAAGGAACUUCUGCGGCCCACGUUGCUACUACAGCUCGUGACUCCAACCAAUUCACGAUAAAAUUCAACGUGGAAGGCAGGACUAAUGCAACGUACCGCUUGAGGUAUGAAGAAAUGUUGGUUCGUCGAAAUGGCGUCUACAACCAUGCUAUCAAUCUGCACCCUGGGACGCUUGUGCCAAAAAUGGACGUCGUUGUACACAUAAAGGAAUCACAAAAGAUAUCUGUACUGAGAGUGCCAGAAUUAAGGACUGGAAACGAAAUUGAUGCGACGGAGAAAGAUGCACAAAAUACAAAGGCAGUGAUUAAAAGAGGCAAUAACGAGCGAGAAGCUACAAUUACUUUCACUCCUGAUCUAGCAGAACAAAAGAGACUUGCUGAAAUAUAUGCGGAAAAAAGUAUGCGAUCAGCCGAUCCUGAUUUUUUUAGCAUUGGUUACGAUAGCGGAGAAGAAGUAAACAAGAAUGAGGGCCUAUUGGGCCAGUUCAUAGUACAGUAUGACGUGGAUCAGCCAAAGAAUGGAGAAAUAUUAGUGAAUGACGGCUAUUUUGUACACUUCUUUGCUCCGAAAUCCCUACCGCCCCUGAGCAAAUACGCGGUAUUUGUUCUAGAUACGUCCGGAUCUAUGGGAGGGAACAAGAUAUCUCAACUGAAAAAAGCGAUGAAUACAAUUCUCUCCGACCUCAACCAGAGAGACUACUUUAGCAUCAUUGAAUUCAAUUCACGUGUCACAGUUCACACCUUGAAAGAAGCUAAAGAUAAGAAAAAGAUUCAGCAUGUAAUUGCUUCACCUGAAAAUAUAGCGGCAGGAAAAAACAUAGUAUCCAGAUUCCGACCUUCUGGAGGUACCAAUAUUCUUCAUGCUCUAGAGCAGGCUAUGAAUCUUAUCCAAAACGUAGUUCAUCGACAAAAUCUCUCACAUUAUAUAAACGGAACAGAAACUAAAGGAAAUGAGUUGGAGCCCAUUAUUAUCUUUUUGACGGACGGUGACCCAACCGUGGCAGAAACUAAUACGGAUCGUAUUAUAACUUACCUGUCCGAGAAAAACUCUGGCGAGAAACAAGCACCUUUGUUCUCACUUGCAUUUGGCAAUGACGCGGACCGCGUUUUCCUGCGCAAGCUUUCUCUCCGUAAUGACGGAUUCAUGCGGCCAAUCUACGAGGCAGCUGACGCGGCGCUACAGCUCCACAACUUCUACCGGGAGGUGUCCUCACCGCUCCUCUCAAACGUCAGAUUUCUCUACCCUCGCCGACAGAUAAAAGAAGGGUCGCUCAGCAGUAGCACGUUCCGUACGAUCAACGAAGGCUCCGAAGUGGCAGUAGUAGGCAGGAUCGCUGAGAAUGUAAAUGAAAUCACGCCACAAGUUCUUGGUUUAAGAAGCGACGGAGAUGGUGGAAGGAAACUUUACGAGAUCAAUCCCAAAGUGCCGGUGACUCGUGAGAAGAACGAUUACUUGCCCCUGGAACGGCUCUGGGCAUAUCUCACUAUUAAGCAGCUGUUGGACAAAAGCGACGCCGGAGAUGAUAGCCUCAGCGACGGCAAGUCAGACAGCCCCGAGCAGAAGGCUCUCUCCAUAGCAUUACAGUACUCGUUCGUUACACCCCUUACGUCGCUUGUGGUAGUCAAGCUGAACAAAACCGAUGUUGUGGAUGCUGUAAAUGUCGAGUCCGUUGACGAACCAAGUUUCAUGCCGUAUAGAUGUGCACCGAGUUCGCUAAUGCACAAAACCUAUACAGGCGUUGCUUCUGGUGCCGGGCUUAGCGUGUCCUCAAAAGAUGGACCUGUACUGUUUGUUCAGACAGCGCGACGUUUAACAAUAAACGGCUAUGGCGGUGGUUCCGGAGGAUCUAGCAGUGGUUCUGGAGCGAAUAAAGAACCUCUUAACAUUAGUGGAGGCAAUAUUGGGCACGGAGGCGGUGGCGGUGGCGGAGGCGGAGGCGGAGGCGGGGGCGGAGGUGGAGGUGGAGGCGGAGGCGGGGGCGGAGGCGGAGGCGGGGGCGGAGGCGGGGGCGGAGGCGGAGGUAUUGGUGGUAUUUUUAAAGAAACUUGGGCAGCAAAGAAACCUAAUGAAGAAAAAGUUCAAGCUAAAGACUUUGAAUGGACUUCGUUGCUAAACGGAAAGGGCAAUGAUUCUCUUGUCUUUAAAGUAAAUGGUACUGAAGUCAUCCUUAAACUCACGAAAGAUGUGAAUCAGAUACCAAAAUCGAAAGGAGGAGAUACCGAGUGUUUCAACAGCCUACCGUUGACGGCUAAAGCAGUGGUUGCAACGAAUAAGGGGCCCGGUAGUGUCUGUGUGUACAUCAAGCGGUGCGCCGCCGCGCGAAAUAUCACCGCAAACGUAUACCGUACCAGCUUCUGCUUCGUCAAUGAUGGCUAUGCUGGGGUCUGCUGUCCAAGGAGUGAAGUUGACAAGUAGAAUACUUCGAAGACUGCGAUCACCUGUUGAUUUUAACAAUGCAUUUGUAAUUAUCAUCAUAAAAUCAAAAAAGCUAAUACGGUAAAUAACUGUAUGCACUGAUAAAAUAAAAA